AUGGCCGCGGUCGAUCCUGCUCUGCAGGACCCUCUCCUUUCACUUCGGCGCGCCAUCGCCUCCGGCAGCCUCCCAACCCCGACGACCUCUUCGGAGCUCACCAACGAACAUGCCACAGAGGAUCUUGCCCAAGCGACACAUCUAUUCUUCUCUCAACCGUCUCCACAAGUCAUCGCCCUUUCAACACCGACGCGAUUCGUUUCCGCGUCAACCAGCUCCCCCGUCGACCUGCGCAGCAUCUUUUUCGCGUGGCAGAAGAAAGACGUCGCUAUCCCCGAAUAUAUCGCAUCGGCGCAGGAACUGAAUGAGGCUCUCAAGUCAAAGGAGGGUGAUGACACACAGGUCCAGAUCCUGGUUUUCGUCGAGCGUCUGGAUCUGCUCACCUGGCUGGAAGGUGCCGACGCUACUAGCGAAUAUAUCAAGCCUCUGGAAGGCGCUGCCGCUGCCGCUGAGGCUGCCGUCGCCGCAGGUGUUGUUCAAUCGGAUGCUGCGGCCGGAAUCGCCUCUGGGGCAACUGGGGGCAUCUCAUCGGUCCCCAGUGGACCCGUCGGAGCCGUGACGACAGGUGCUCACGGAAGUCGUGCGCAAAAGACUAUCGACCCCCGACUACAAGAGAUCUACAAUGGCGAAAGAAAGACCGGAGAUCGAAACACCGUGCUACGAGGGAUCAAACCAACCGUAAGUUUCCUUUUGGUUUCGCAAGAUACCCACUCUCGAUUACCACCCCCAUCCCCAUCUCAUCCCCAUAUACCCACGCGAAACAAGACACUAAUACCGCAUUGA